AUGAAGUUCUCAGCACUGCUCCCAGCUCUGGCUUCGUGCCUGACGCUGGCAUGUGCCAAAUCGACCACCACCACAACUUCCAAAGACACCCUGCCUGCCACCUUCAAGCCUCCUCAGGUCUUCAAAAAUGCCAAUCUUGUACAUAUUGUCCAGCUGGAAAAGAACUACGCCAAGGAGGUGAUCAACACCAAGAUCGAGAACAUCGCAAAGGAGCCCCAGGAUGAGUACUUCCUGCCCUUCACACCAGACCAGAUGUCUAGAGUGGGAGGUUUCGAGGUGAAGGACAAGAAGAAUGCCGAUUCUGGUCCAUUCCAGGUUGAGGCUGUCGAAUUCGAUCCGGCUAGCACUGUCCAGUACUACCGUAUCAAGUUUCCCGAACCCCUGAAGGCUGGCGCCGAGCAGACCCUCUCCAUCUCCUACUACUACACUUCCGCCUACAGGCCUCUUCCGGCCUCCAUUGGCCAGGACGACAAACAAUUCCUGUGGUACCAGUCUACCGCCUACGUCCCGUCCGCCUACACAACGUCGAAGCAGAAGACGGAGAUUAAGCUUCCCUCGUCCAAUGUACCCGACUACACCAAGCUUCCUGGCAGCGGCGACGUCUCCGAGUUCCCACAGAAGCAGGGCUCCAAGCUGACAUAUGGCCCAUACGAAAACAUUCCCGCCGGUGCCGAGCUUCCCAUCGAGGUCCGAUUCGAGUUCACCAAGCCAGUCACUCACGUCUCCAACCUGGAGCGCGACAUCGAAGUGAGCCACUGGGGCGGCAACGUUGCCUUCGAGGAGCGAUACACCCUGUUCCACCGCGGCGCAAACCUCUCCUCCCUUUUCAACCGAGUCAAGUGGCAGCAGUCGCAACACUUCAACCCGACUAGCUAUGCGCUGAACGAGCUGACCUUCCCGCUGCCAGCCGGCAGCCUCGACCCGUACUACUACGAUGUCAUUGGCAAUGUGUCCACGUCCAGGUUCCGAUCUGGCAAGCGCGAGGCCCUGCUAGUCACCAAGCCUCGCUACCCCAUCUUCGGCGGCUGGAAGUACCCCUUCACCAUCGGCUGGAACGCGGAUGCGAAGAACUUCCUGCGCAAGACCACUGGCGGUGGCUUUGUGCUCAACGUGCCCUUCCUCGAGGGCCCCAAGCAGGCCGAGGGCGUCGCGUAUGAGAACGUCGUGGUCCGCGUCAUUCUGCCUGAGGGAGCUGAGAACGUCAACUACUACACCACCGUUCCCCACUCCUCCAUCUCCUCCGCCGAUGUCGAGAUCCACAAGACUUUCCUCGACACCAUCGGACGGACUGCACUGGUCAUCAAGGCGCGCAACCUGGUGGAUGACUUGCGCGACCGCGAGCUGAUUGUUUCCUACGACGUUCCAUUCGCGGUCAGCAUUCGCAAGCCUCUCGUGAUAUUCGGCAGCAUGAUAGCCACUUUUGUCGCCGCGUACAUCAUUGGAGGAGUCGAGUUGAAGUUCUCCUCGGGCAAGUCUGCGUAG